UUCAUGUAAGGUUUUAUCUGUUUACAUGUCGUCAGUUAACUGCUGUAAUAAUCGUUGGAUGAUAGCACAAGCAAUUGUAAACAAAGUAGCGAAUAAAGUUUUCGUUUACUGUGUUUGAGGCCUACCUGCCGUUCCUGGUACUGGAGGCGACAAGUCGUUUAAUUUGUGCUGAAGAAUGAGUAAUACGGGUAACUCGCAAGACGUGACAGAAAAUGAUGGAGAUAAAACACUUACUGGAUCAGAGAGUGUGCUUUCAACUGGAGAUCCAGAAGAGAAUGUGACAGCAGUUGAAGGCGAAGAAGACAAAUAUGGAGAAAUACUUAUUAUUGAUCCAGAGACAGAGGAACUGGACUUGAAUCAUCAGAGAAUAAGAAAACUUGAGAACUUGGAGCCCCUUACUAAGAUAGAACGACUGUAUUUUCGAUGGAACCUAAUUAAAAAAAUUGAAAAUUUACAUACCUUAGUUACAUUGAAAGAGCUUGAGCUGUAUGAUAACCAGAUCACAGUCAUUGAAAAUUUGGAUACACUUGUCAAUCUGGAGAUUUUGGACUUGUCAUUUAAUAGGAUACGUGAAAUAGGAGGCUUACAAAACUUGCAGAAACUUGAAAAAUUGUUUCUCAGUUCUAAUAAAAUUGCGAAAAUUGAAAAUGUUAACUGCUUAAAGAAAUUAGUUCUUCUCGAACUUGGAGAUAAUAAAUUGCGGAAAAUAGAGAACCUUGAGGGGUUAGAUACCUUACGACAUUUGUACCUUGGGAAGAACAAAAUUACAAAAAUUGAGAACCUGGAGUCACUAAAGCAACUAGAGAUCCUUAGCCUACAGAGUAAUCGUAUUACUAAAAUUGAGAAUUUGGAAGAACUUACAGCUUUGGAUCAGUUGUAUUUGUCAGAGAAUGGUAUCUCUGUGAUGGAGGGUCUUGAGCACAACAAGCAACUUUCAACCUUAGAUGUAGGAAGUAACAAAAUACAACGCAUCAGCAAUACAGAGCACUUGGAAAGGCUCGAAGAGUUUUGGAUGAAUGACAAUCUAGUUGAUGAUUGGUCUAACGUUGAAGUGUUGACACGCAACAGACGAUUGGUCACCGUUUAUUUAGAACGCAAUCCUGUGUCGAAAGACGUCAACUACAGGAGAAAACUUAAAUUAAUGCUUCCCUGGAUUUCGCAGAUUGAUGCCACACUAUGUGUGUCGCCCACACAUGGGGGAAUGUUUUUGGCUGGUGAUCACACACUUGGCUUCAGGUGUUCAUAAGUUAUCUCCUCAUAAGACUGGAACAGUGGACGGGCUGAAGACAGACUGUACAACAGUGUGGUUUGCACAGUUUUAGAAAUUGUAAUUUCAGCAAUUAGCAUUACUUUGUUAAAUUAUUUUCAUAGUGAUGCACAACAUUUAAUGUAGUAUGCAAACAAAAUCACAAUGAGAACCACCUUCAUGAAACAGUAAUGCUGUUGAAAUGUAACUAGAACUUGUAACCACACUGAAGAGGGUACUUUUCUCAUCCUGUGAUGACCUUUGUCACGAUGGAUUUCUCUGGUUGGUUUCCCUCACGUUAUAUCAUGUCCAGAUCAAUUAAAUUCAUGUUGUAAAGAAAUAAAGACAGUGUUAUGGCAAGAAGAACUGGUUACUGUUACUGCCAUUUGUAUUAAGAUUUUAAAAUCCAGAUUUUAAUAAACUGCCUUUGAUCAUAGAGAGAAGUUUGUUGGGUUACGGAGAAGCGUGCUGGGCUAUGAGACUGUGUACGCUCUUUACAUGACUCAUAGGCAGGGCACCCUAGUUACUUGUGGUUGUUGUGACGUAAUGUGCCAUAUUUAUGAAUUCUGAACAAUGCUGCUACAGAAAGGACAGAUGUUAAAGAGCUAAAAGAGUUUAUGCUUGCAUUAGAAUAGAACCGAAGAUAAUGUGUAAUAUUUUCAAAAUCUCCUUUCAUAUACCGCAUAUUUCAGAAGAAAGUGCUUCCAGAUAUAAUGGCCAAACAGAAAGUAAAUGGUGAGGGUAUUGUAACUGGAUUCUUGUUCAUAAGCUGUUCCAUAAUAUUUUCAUUUGAGAUAUUAUUAAAACAAAUAACAGCUCUUUAGAGAAGAGUAAAAAUGGAUUAAUGUUUGUGUAAAUAAGUGAUAUUGUCACUUUCAGAUUAAUGGGAAUGGUCAGUUCAUCAGUUUGCAGCUUUAAAGUAUUAAUAUGCCGAUGAUAAUAUUCAGGUGAAUUUUCCUUUACUCUCUCUCUAAUGUUCAUUAGAAGAAGGAGUGGGUAAUUAGUGAUUCAUUCCAUAGGCAGUAACAUGGAAGAGUAUGUUGUGCCAAAAAUAUGUUUGAGACUGCUUUUGAGUCAACUAUGAAACAAAUUAUUUCAUGAAUCCUAUCAUGAUAACAGUUGGACAGAUAUUCUUCUUGUUUGUUCUACAUUGCAAUUGGAUAUUUAUUGACAGCUGUGGGAAUUUGUAAACAAUGUCAGUGUUCUAAAAGAAAACUUUAUUCUAGCCUUCAUUGUCUGCAAAUGACCCUGAGUGAGGAUACACUGAAGCUAUUUGUAAAGCACUGUUAUAAAUCAGUUCCUGUUGAAAUUUUGGCUCACAGUUUAUAAUGUUUUAACAUGUUAUGAGAAUACUGUACCCGAUAUUUGCAUUCAUUCUGACAUAGACAGUCAGAACAGUGAAUAGGAUCUUUAUCCUCUACAGAAAGUUGUAAGCAUACAUUGAUUUCCUUGAAAAUAGUUGAUACUAUCUGCAGAGUCAUAUUUGGGACCAAAUUCAUAAACAUGUAUAUGUGAAACAAAUUGCACGAACUGUUCAGAUUACCUGAAAACCAUUAGUGGGAAGUAUAAAAUCUCUCUCUCUCUCUCUCUCUCUCUCUCUCUCUCUCUCUCUCUCUCACACACACACACACACACACACACACACACACACACACACACACACAGAGAGAGAGAGAGAGAGAGAGAGAGAGAGAGAGAGAGAGAGAGAGAUAUUGCCUCUGGAAUAUUAUUGCCAGGACUUGAGAAAUGUUAUCAGGGGACUUCUACGAAUAAAUGCUGUAACGGGUGACUUGUAUGAGUAAAUGACAAAAAUUAUACAUUUUGAAUAACAGUGCACCUUAUUUGAUAAAUGAGGCUAUUCACAUUUCAAAUGUAAAUUUAUUGCUUUUAUGUUUUAUGCACUUUGUUUGCAUCGUUGAAUAUUAGUGUGUUCUGCUCUCAUGACUUUUCUCAUAAAUGUUGCCAAUAGUAGUCAACAAAUUCUGGUGGAUACUGUCACGAAAUAUGUUAAUGCUUCAAAAAAUGCUUACAGCUACAAGUCAGUCUCAGCUAUCUAAUUGGUCUCCGAUUUUCUUGUAGACAUUAAGUGAAUUACAUGAUAUCAAUCAAGUCAUUUAGUAAUUUUUAAUUUUCAUUUAUGUAACACCAUAUUUGAGUCCCAUUACUGUAAGAGAAAGUUAAUUUCUCCUCCACUGUGUCAAUGUAUGUUUCAGGAAAUACAAACAAUAUGUAAUAGUACAAAAGACAACAGCUUUGAAUAUUGAAACUAUUGGAGAUCUUAUUGCAACUCUUCUGAUUUAGAUCACAAUUUUUGCUGGAUGGUCGAUGCUGUAUGUACCAAAAGUUGUAGCACAAGUUUUUAUUGGCAAGCAAAUUGUUCUGUAUCCAAAAUAAUUCAUGGUACAAACUUUAUCAUAUAUGAUAGCACAACAUCCGUACUAUAAUUUAUACUGAUUAAUUUUCAAGUUUUGUGAGUUCUUCUGAAUAAUAUGCAUUUAAUCAGAAGUUUUCUAAAUGGAAUUUCUAAUUUGUAUGAGUUUUAAUAAAACAGUGACAUUGGAGAGAUUAGGUGGUAGAUAACAUCAGUGUUCUAACUGUAUAGAAAUGUGAAUUUAAAUCUGCACAAAGCCAGUUCAUUGUUUGAAACUGAAUUAUGUAGUGUGAUGCUUUUUGGCAGCUCCACAAGUCGUAAGAGUAGUCAUUGGAAUUAAAAAAAAAAAAAUGGCCCAUGGAUGGAGGUCAUGUCUCCAAUCAACCUAUGAAGUAAUUGUGCAUCACACAAGUGGAUUAUUCUCAUAGCUCAUGUGCAAUUUUUAGAUUACUUGGCUGUAUCAAAAUUGUCAUUGUGAACAUCUAUGGAAGAUGUAGUUAACUGUCAUACACUCAGGCAAUGACAUUUCCAACUGUUCAUCUUAUUUCAGUUAGAUUUUAGUUUAAGAAAUAUUUGUAGGUGAUUGUGUAGCUUGUUUUUAAAGUUACUAAAGUCUCUCCUUUUGAAUGUAAAAUCUAGUCACAUGUUACCACUGUUGUCUUUGUAUUCUGAAAUUUUAGUCACUGGAAUAGCAAAUGUGGUGAUAAUGAGUUUAACAUAUCAAAAGCAGAGUUAGUAUAUAUUUCAGGUAAAGCUAGAUGAAACUGAACAGUUCUUACCAGCCUGUCAUCUGGCCCUUAAGGCAUUGGGAUUUCAGGAAGUUUGUAUUGGUCAUUGAUCGGGAAGACUCCUUAAGAAUAAUGAACAGAUUACUGUGUGAGUAGAUAAUAAUACUUGAUAUGAAUUAUGAAGUAUGGCAACACAACAAAUUCAAUGUUUUCUGUGGUACAUAGGUGGAAAGGAUUGUGGUAACUGACUUAACUUGAGAGUUUACUUAUUGCUCCUAAGCAGAUAAUUACAGUUGAUAUACUUUUUUUUUGUUUUUGAGUAUUGUAAAUUUCUGUUAUUUGUUCAAGGCUACCAUACUCCUAAUUAUCUGCCUUUAUUUAUCAGUUUUUGCUUUGCCAUGUAUUCAGUAAUUCAUUUACAUCCAUGUUCUAGUACUCACAUGUUCACAUAUUUCUCAUGGAAUUCAUAUAUGGUUUCAGUUCAUGCAUGUCCCUAUCAUAGAACUCGCAUAUUGAGGCAUUUUUUGUGGACGUCAUAUAUAUUAUUCAUUUACCAACUGGUACGUUUAUAGCUGACCCAGAAAAAUAACUACUACUUGUUUGCCAUUAUUUGUUGUGUUCUUGCAGAGAAGUCUAUGUUUCAUUGAAUAAUAUGUUGGUAGCUCCAAUGCUGCAAGUAAUGGUUUAGACUUUUUUAAAGUUUGUUAAACAAUAUUAUUUGAAUAUUGUUACUGAUUUAUUUUACUCGUGUAAAUUUUAAGUAAUAUGUGGGCCCUUCCUCUGUUAUAUCAGCAAAUGAACAAAAGAGAAUAUCAUUAAGUACUAGACAAAUGUAGGAGAAACAAGGGAUGAGAUCAGUUCUUCAUUAGUGAUGAUAAUCAAAUGAAAUGUUGAUUUCAUUUCACAACAGAGAUAUCUGGACAAUAGUUGUUUUACUUUGACGCGUAAUGUCUUUUGUCAUGACAUCUGUGGAGCAUCUAUAACUCUUAUGUUUUUAACAUAUCUUAUCCGCUUGUUAUCUUUACAAUGUCCAGUUUAAAUGUUAUCGAAUGCAAAUAAUUUACUACAAUUAUCUGACAUUAUGAAAUAGCCAAGAAAAGUGGAUAGGAAAACCAUUUAUAGCACCCAUCACAGUAGUUUUUAACAUGUAAUACAACUGUUGUCACAGCUCAGUUCAUUAUUGUUCAAUAACUGUAUUUUGUUACUCUAAAGUUGCACUGAAUGUUACAUUUAUUUGUGAAUGACUGUAUUUAAAAUUUGUGUCUCAGUUUGCAUCAAAUAUAGUAAUUAUGUUUUCAACAUA